AACAAGGGGAAGAGCCGUGGGUCCUGGAUCUCCAGGGCUCUGAGGAAGGAGAGAUCCAAAGAGCUGCCUGCGCAGCAGGUGCUGGGAUGGUGAGUGAGAACGAGGAUCUGAGUCCUCAGCAGGAAGAUGCUGAGCAAAUGGAAGCGCAUGGGGCAUUAUCACAAGGAUCCCAAGGGAAUGUGUCCAGGCUUCAUGUGCAGGGAAAAGCCUGUGAGAGUCAGCACAGGCCAGAGAGGGAGCAGGGAAACCAGCCCUUGGAGAAAGUGGGCAAAUCCAUUAAUUGUCAGGGGACUCACCAGAACGCCAAGGAAAUCACAGCCCAGCAGAGAAUACCCACAGAAGAGAGAAAAAACACAUGCACUGAGUGUGGGAAACACUUCACUCUGAACUCCACCCUCAUUAGACAUCAGCAGAUCCACACAGAAGAGCGCCCCUACAAAUGCUGUGAGUGCGGGAAACAGUUCAGUGAGAAAUCAAACCUUAUCACACAUCAGACAAGCCACACAAGAGAGAGACCCUAUGAGUGCUACGAGUGCGGGAAGAAGUUCACGCGGAGCUCUACCCUUAUUAGACAUCAAAGAAUCCAUACAGGAGACAGACCCUAUGAGUGCUGUGAGUGCGGGAAAAGCUUCACGCGGAGCUCUACCCUUGCUAGACAUCAGAGGAUCCACACAGGAGACAGACCCUAUGAAUGCUGUGAGUGCGGGAAGAAGUUCACUCAGAGCUCAGUCCUUAUCAUUCAUCAGAGAAUGCACACAGGAGAGCGUCCCUAUACCUGCUCUGAGUGUGGACAAACAUUCGCUCAGAGCUCAGCCAUGUUUAAACAUGAGAAGAUCCACACGGGAGAGCGCCCUUACGAAUGCUCUGAGUGUGGGAAACAAUUCAUUGAGAAAUCAAAAUUUAUGAAACAUCAGACAAGCCACACGGGAGAGAGACCCUAUGAAUGUUGUGAGUGCGGGAAACAGUUCAGUGAGAAAUCAAACCUUACUAAACAUCAGACCAGCCACACAGACGAGAGACCUUACGAGUGCUGUGAGUGCGGGAAAAGCUUCACUCGGAGCUCAUCCCUUAUUCGACAUCAGAGGAUCCACACAGGAGAGAGACCGUAUAAGUGCUGUGAGUGCGGGAAAAGCUUUGCUUUCAAAUCAGACGUUAAUAAACAUCAGAGGGUCCACACGGGAGAGCGCCCCUAUGAGUGCUAUGAGUGCGGGAGACAGUUCAGUCAGAAAUCCAACCUUAGUGCACAUCAGAGAGGCCACACGCAGCAGAGUCCCUAUGAGUGCUGUGAGUAUGGGAAAAAGUUCACUCAGCGCUCAGGCCUUAGUAAUCAUCAGAGAAUCCAUAGAGGAGAGGGCCCCUAUACCUGCCCUGAGUGGGGGAAACAGUUCAGUGAGAAAUCAAACGUUAUUAAACAUCAGACAGGCCACACAGGAGGGAGACCGUAUGAGUGCUGUGAGUGCGGGAAAAAGUUCACUCAGCGCUCAGGCCUUAAUAAUCACCAGAGAAUCCACACAGGAGAGCGACCCUACGCGUGCUGUGAGUGUGGGAAAACGUUCACUCAGAGCUCAGGCCUUAUUAAACAUCGGAGGAUCCACACAGGAGAGAAACCCUACGAGUGCUGUGAGUGCGGGAAAAGCUUCGCUGAGAGCUCAUCUCUUAUUAGACAUCAGGGGAUCCACACG